GAUUGCGACAACUUGCAUCCGAGCGGUCGCCGCGCCAAAAACAAACCAACCACCGAGUUAACUGAUCUUUAUAACGAACUGAACCCUCAAAUAUCGAGUCGAGAUCACUACGAUUACACAUAGUUGUCCGUUUGGAUAGAAAAAAAUUUCUAUAUUCGUUGAUUCACGACGGAGAGCCGACGUAACAUACAUAUGAUACCAACGGGAGAGCGGGAAACCUCACGAUCCUACUCUUUGGUGGACGUUAACAUGUCACCACCGUUUCUCCGUGUAGAGGGAUGAGAAAAUGCCGCUGUAAUGUUGCAACGUAGCACAUCAUCGCACCGGUGUCGACCGCCGAGGAACAUGACGACCGUUGGCCACGCGUCGACGAUCGCCGGGCCAAGAGGACGACGAGCAAGCGUGGCAACUGACAAACCUCUCGAUUCGCCGAAAGUCACUCCGAGGAGACGUUCACCCCAAGGCAGCAGCUUCAUACCUGACAUCGGUCUUGACACGGACAACGACGACGAGGGCACCAACCGCAGGCUUCUGCUGGAUCGAGACCAAUACGGUGGCUCGCGUAAUAUGUUGAACCAGAAGAUGAGUCGAAGUCCUCGGAACUCUUUGGUCCCAGACGACUACUAUAAACCCAGGAACGGGGGUCGUAGUCCAAGAAACAGUUUGGUACCAGAUGCUGCUUUGGCACCAGAUGCGUUGUAUAGCUCGCGGCACUCGCUGGUCUUCGAGGCCUCGCUGAGUCCCAGGAACUCGUUGGUACCAGACGUGGCGAGGAAUAGAAGUCCGCGUAACAGUUUGGUCCCGCCGACCGGUUCGAGAACUUCCCUCAUGUCCGAGAACGGGAAUCCUCUUCCCAGUCGCAGUCCUCGACAUUCUUUGGUACCGAAUUCUUCGAGGAGUCCGCGUGGAAGUAUUACAAACAUGGAAAUGAUGGACCGUAGUCCCCAGAGGAGCCCGCGGGGCUCGAUAGCUUCUGAAUACUUGAAUCAGAGUCCGCGAGGCUCAAUCGGACCUUACGAGACGAACAGAUCGUCGCGGGGGAGCAUCGCCGUCAGCGACGCCCCUAGAGGAUCGAUCGGCGGUAACGAGGAAGAGACCAGGAGCCCACGAAGGAGUAUCGAUCCGGAUACUAUCGACCGAACGCCAAGGGGCAGCCUCAGCGGCUUGCAGGAACGAAGAGGCACAAAGGCGAGUCUGAUGGCGCAGGACCCUAGAAGGGCCUCGGCUGAUCAAGGUAUGAACGAGCGAAACUGCUCUCCUUCCCGGCAGAGAGAGGUCAACGUAGGAAGCGUGAAGUCCGGCGGAAGUACGGUCCAGAUCAAUCUAGGAUAUGGGCCAGCCACCUUCGAGGAUUCUCGGCGAGCCAGCAGCUCGGUAUCUCAGUUUUCAGGCGACGAAUCACGCCGCCUUUUCACGAGCAGCACCAAAGUGCCGGAGAAUACAAUGGAGAACAGGAACCUCGGAGUGAUUACUUACGGGUCUGUGGUAUUUCAAUUGAAGGACGCGAAUCUUGAGGCGACGAACAUCUGCGAUUUCGUGCUGCGCGCGUUGAAGGUGGUCUGUAGAACGAGGGUGGUCAUCGUCUGCCUGAUAUGCUUGUCGGCAGUACCAUUCCUGAUGCUGAUUUAUGGUUGGAACUUCUACAAGGAGUGCCCAAAGGAACCUCGUAUACCGAUUUACAUGGUGAUCGGCGGCGCUUUCGGGACGAUCCUCAUGGUGCUCGUCAUUUACGCACAGAUACGAUCCAGGCGGACGAAGAUGAUCUCGGUCCCUUCUACCAGUUCACAAAUUUCAUUCUCGAAAUUGAUUACCAUCGUGUUAUCGUGUUUCCUUCUCGGCUGGUUCAUGCUUGGAAAUUAUUGGAUCCUCCGCAUCAUGUGGCCACCGUACACAUCUGCGUAUGUGCACGACCCGGACGACUACUGCUGUAAAAAUUUGUACGUGUUCGCGUUGGUGCAUCUAGGGGUGGUCUACGUGAUCUUCGCGAUCACGUUGUUCGUGAUUACCGUGCUGGCGUCUUUCAGAAUUCUGGCCUGCCCGCUACCAGAAAGGUACAGAUAACCAUAGCGCUCGUUCCGCGCGAAAGAAGUGAGACCACAAACACGAUGGAAAACUUGCUUAGAUAACCAAAUCAUCCUGCAGGAACAAGUUUUGAAGACAGUCAUAGAACGAGACGAGGAUUGUUUCGCACAGUACGAUAGCGUUUCCAACGUGGAAGUCACGCGAAAGUCUAGCCUGGCGAAACACAGUCCCAAGAGCUCGGACUGCAAUCCAGAAGCGCUGGAAAAGAUAGAAAUGGUACAGGAAUGGUACGGAAGAUAUGACACCACUUGACAAUUGGUAGCUUGAAAGAAAAUGUGACUGGAAGUAGGGCGAGUCAAGCAUUGCAGAAAUCGACAGAUCAUCGCCAACUCGACUGAGAACAACGACUAUGAUAAUCGAAGUGAUAGUCUCUCGUUUGAAAAAGAAAAUUCGACAACACAAAUUGAGAUCCUAUUCCCAGAAAAACGAUGGGCUGCAAGUGAGCUGAAGCGACACCAGCAGAAACCUUUUGUUUCCUAUUUCCUCCUUCCUGUGUCAACGUGGAGUUUGAUAAUCGUCGGUUGAUACCUGUCUUCAAACAGGUCAAAGGUAAGUGGUACCCAUUCGUAUCUUUCGUACUUUGCUUUUCGAAAAUUGAAAAAACAGUGCAACAAUUAUAUGUAAGAAUAAUUGGGGAAACUGUUGAAUACUAUGGAUACAUUCGGGUACACUUGUCCAGCUCCAUUUGACGGGCUUUAAUUGUCACGUUAGAAUCCGUACGAAGGAAUUCUGUUGUAUGUGCUACCUUUUAUAAAUGUUUUUAUCGGCGGUUAUGGGGUUUCAUGCUGUUUGUACACGUAACGACAUUACAUUCAGAUCUGUUUUAACUGUUAACUGACCAUACAAUUUCUCGUUUAUUUGAUCGUAACAUCGAUCCAUUUUAAAUAUUUGUUUUUAUUCGCUACAUAAAACUGAAUGUAACGAUUUGUUCUCCUCGAAAUUCUCAGUUAACAGUUAAUCAUUUUAAUGUUGUUGGGAUAAAAUCAAAAGGAUGUUUGAUGUUCCGUCAGUCAAUGUCCAUCUUCAACUCGAGUCGUUUCGCGAUGUAAAGCAAUGGGACAACAAACGUGUUCCAUUUCUAUGUAUCAUUCGUCAGAUCUCGAUCACUUAAUUAUCGGGCUGAUAAAAUCUAAAAAAAAAAAAGGGCACGUCUGUAAAAAUGAUUUAAGGGUGAUAUAGCAUCGCAUUGUUCCUUAACGAGGCCUGAGAAAACCCUCUUAAAUGCAAUUAAGAAAUAUCAGUGUCUCGAGUUCGCAAUGAAUGUCAGAAGUAAUCUCGUUCGAAAGGAGACAAGAUAAAUAAGUGUCAAUUAAAUCAAACAGGACAUUUCAUUGCAUCGGCCAAACGGUUGAUGACACUUUGAUGUAUACAUACACGUAUAUUCUGUAUAUGUACAUAUAUAAAUAUAUAUAACCGUUAUUGAAUAAUCGUUAUAUCGAAGAAUCGACCAAAGAGUUAGGCAAAGGUAGAGUUUUAAGAAGCGUGCGACUAACAAAGGUCUCCUGAUUCUUGUUCGUCGAGUGCGUCGUUUAAGGUGAUCGCGUAGAAUAAAAAACGGUUCGACGUCCAUGAUGACACGGCAAUUGAAAAACGGGUCCAUACUUAUAAUCGUCCGUACGGCAUAGUAAAUGUUAAUCCGUAGUCGUGUAGUAAAAAGAAAAAUACCAGUAUAAUACUUCUGUCAUCUUCUGUGAAGGAAAAUUGUUGACGGACGCAUGCAGUCGGAAUAUUUAUUUGUGUUGUCGAAUUGAUUAGCAGACGGAUUAAUUCAAUUUUCCCUUGAAUAACGCGCAAAAUGAUUCUAAACGGGAAAUCAAUAGAAUCGUUGCUCGAUUUUCGCGAAAUCCCGUCAAUCCGGAAAUUCCAUUUCCGAGCUGUCGAAACGUGCACGCGUAUAGUGUCGUGAUUUAUGAGACGCAGAGUUCUCUCUCUAAACGGAAAACGUUCGCCUAAAUUAAACUUACAUACAAUUUUGGCAAGUUAGAGCUCUUUACAAUGCUGAUAAUAAAUUACUGCAGUCUUAGAGGAUACCAAGUCCCAGGCACGAACGUGAAACAACGAAGUACAAAAUAUUACCGCUAAAGACACACACAUAUGUUCGUCGCGUACGUGGGCGAAAUUCGAGAUUAAAAAUUAGAGAAAUGAAGGAAAGAAGGGACCUGAACUCGACGUAAUUUCUUUACUUCGCAACUUUAUCUCUGUUCAAAAUGGCUAAACAAGUUUUCAGAACAUUUAGUCAUCGUAAAAGGAAUUAUAGAUACGAAUUCACGGUAAAUCCCUCAUGAUCACUGUGGCGAAAAGUAUUGUACGAAAAGUAUGAUACCACAGUUGUAUUAAUUAAACCGACCGAAAUUCUCGGCUCAUUGUCUGCUUUGCGUCAGCUCGUUGCGCGAGUGUAACGCAGCUGUACGCACCGGUUCUCGAUUAAUUACCCAUGUAACUUCUCAUUAUCGCAGCUGUGCGCGGUACACGUAUACGUGAAGCAUGGGAUUGAUACGGAAUUCGUGGAAACGUCAACGGGUUUUCUCUGAAAAAGAUCAAUCGAUAGAGAAAAUAAUUGGGUGCGCGGUGGUAUUUAGAAAAAUUGACAUAGAGUGGCGAGAGAACGCGACUAGAACUUCAAUCGAGGGCGGAUAGCUACAUGGAAUUAACGAGAGCAAAUAAACCCACGGUAUCUUUCCACGUUGGCCAAUAUUCACGGAAAUGUAUUCCGAGUGUUUCAGACCUCAGCGAGCUCUGAAAUUUUUAACGACGAAUAUCAAAAACGCUGCGUUUCAUGCAUUAUUUAAUGUUUCCACGAUUUCCGAUAAAUAUAAUACAGACUGUAUGCAUGUAAAGAGGAUUAAGUCUCGAGCAAAAAAACUCGUAGUUUCUCUUAUACGAUCUUCUGAUCAUUAGCGUAAAGCUUGAUGAUUAUGCUGAUUCUGUGUUAACGUAUCGUUCUUAUAGACUAGAGAACGUAUUUAUUUUUGUACUGGAUUUAAUUGAAAACACGUGCGAGUAAAAGAAAUAUUAUCAGAUUUCUUCCUUUGU